AAAAUCAGAGCAAGUUGAGGGUACGUUUUAAACUCCAAGUCGGCAACCCGUGAACCAAUUUGGCUGAAAUUUGGCCAACUUACUGUCAGAUAGUUUUUCUAAAAAACCGUGUCUGCGAAUUUUGAUUUCUUUUUUCGUUUUCGAGUAAGAGUAUUUUUUUCACAGGUAGUGCUAAUGAUUUGCUAUCCCUAACUUCAACUGCUUAUAACAAAAGAACAAAACCACUUGACAAAAAUCUGAGACACGGUUUUUUAGUCAAACGUGUUAAGAAGCGAAUGCGAUCUUAAUUGGCUUCUUCCGUUUAUUUUUGGCUGGCCUGGACUUAAAUUUACAGCGACACCCACUUUCACAAAAAGCUUCUCAUUUCUGAAUCGCGUUAAUAUUUUGAUUUUUUAAAAGGAAUAAGCAAUAAUCUGGAACUAUUAAGCUUUCAGAAAAUGUACGGUUUAUGGGGGUAUUUAUUAAAAGCAAAAGCGCUAGCGCCGAUCAACGCGGGGAGGGUGCUUAAGGGUGGAUGAUACCUUAAGGUAUGGUGACGUCACCAUACAAGCUAUUCCUGGUUUAACAGCGACUGAGUAAAGAGAGAAGAAGAUAAAAAACAAGUAAUAUUUGAUGAACUGAAUAUACAGAGUAGUUGCUUGAUUGUUUUCAGGAAGGAACAUUUAUGCAAGUGUUCUUUUAGCAGCGACCACGGUGCCUCCUGGAUAGGUAACAUGGAAAUUGUACUUUACUGAUAUUAUUAUUUUUAAAGAAAAAAAAUGUUCCUUUGCAUUGCUCUCAAUUUUAGCUGAUAUACUAUACCAAAAACCAUUUUAUAAUACAGAUGCUUUGUUGGCUGCAAGAAAGGGUAUUUGACGAGAAUUUAUAGAGUCUUUUGCAACCAAAGCGGAAAUGUUUUGGACGACAGUAAUGAGGAGGUUCAAGUAAAGGAGUGACCGUACUAGCUGGUUGUCUUUUCGCGUUUAGGCUUGGGUUUGAAAUAACUCGUUAUCAAAGACCCUGAAAACUAAAUGUGGUACGUACCCAUUAUUUCAAAAUGGUGACAUUUAAAUUCUUGUGUUUAAUUUCCUCUUAUAUAUGAAAGAAAAGAACUACUACCACCAUUAUGGCCGGGAAUAAGGUGCAUUCUCUUUCCUUAAUUAAUAAUUCAGAUAUUACAAAGAUGAAAUGCGCAAUACAUGUCAGGAAACCUGGAAACAUGAACAAAGCUUUUGGUUAAAUAGUUAGAACUAUGAUUGCUUCUUUAUUUAUAAUCCCUUGUUAUUAUUUUUAGCCAUGGACCACAGUGUAAUUUCUAUUCUUGGUCAUGACACAGUGAAACACAUUUUGUACGGAGUGAGCAUGAACGGGAGAGCUGUUUUGAAAAGCACUACAGAUCAUGCAGCGAAGUUCAUAGCUGUUCCGCUGAGCGACUGGGAGGCUGUUAAAGCCAAAGACACCACAAAUCUUGCUGUUAUGAUUGGAAAUGAUUUCGCAAUAAAUACUACCAACAAUACACCGAUGCCUAUAACCUCUUCUAACGGAACCGAGUGGGGAGGUACAUUUGUAGCCGGUUUAAUAAAGUAAAAAAAUUAAUAUUGAAUUUAAACCUCUCAGUCAUAAAGAGCUGUGCUUUCAAUCCUGGCCGCAAGCUAAAACCAUCUUUCACUUCUCUAAAUCUGCUGGUAAACAUCCAGUUCAUAAUCUAGCCUUUAGUUCUAUUCUUUUAUACUUUAAUUGCUCAUUUAUCGCUUUUUUAUCCAUUCGUUCGUAAAUUCUUGGAAGAUAAGGAAACGCUAUUCUCUCAUUCUAUUCGAUUUUUUUGAUUCAAACACAGGCCUACCCACCGUCAUCUUCUUCUAUCCCAUUUCAUGUGGCCCAUUCCCGUGUACCAUCCGUUUUUCUAUCGCAUCCUAUUCGUUAAAUCUUAUAUUCCAUAUCUUCUUCACACACUAAUACCAUUUAAUCCCUCGCUCUUCCAUCUCACCUUUGAACGCUUCACCGAUUUCCAUCCCAUCCUAUCCAAUUAGUUUUUCCUUUUUUCCUCUUGUUUUCAGUGUCUGCGAAAGGCGUUUAUGUAAAAGAAUCCUCAGAGUGGAAAUUGAAAGCAGUUUGGAUGUGUUCUGGUUUGUAAGCUUGUAUUCGGGUCAGUUCAGUUGACUUAAUUUUCGCAGGCGAGAAAAAACAACUAAAACAACAUACCGACGUAAUGUAUCGUUUAUGUAAGUUCAAUUUUUCGCAUCACACAUUUUUUGACGUUGUUUUCGUCUUUCGUUUUUCGCUUUUGCCUCUUUUUUCUUGAUCAACACAAAUGAUAUAAUUCUUCACUGUAAUACUGUACGUGUGUCUGAAAAACAAAUAAUAAAAAAGAGAGACGGCCUAGCUUCUGUGCUUAUGUAUGUUGUAUGCUUACGAGCUCCGCCAUUUUUUAACAAUGACGAACCAAUGGUAUACUGCUUGCAUCUUUCAAAUUUGGUCAACCAUGACUGGUUAUGAAGAAUUAGCUGGGGGAUUUGAGUCUAUCAGAACAAUUGAAUGAAUCAUCAUGUUUGUUGUUAUUAAAUUGACUCAAAAUAUUUCGCCGCUUCUAAUGAUCUUGGCUCAAAUCUCCCGGCUAGAGCGGUUUUCAUUUGAGUGUCGAAAAGUAAUUGGUUUUGCACUUUCUACACGAUGCGAUUGGCUUAAAAGAUUCGCGCCACCUUUUCAUCCAAUCAGAAGUAAAACCAAAGCCAAUUGUGACGCGCUCGCAUGCAUUUUCCCGCGCUUUGUGUCAGCCACAUGUAAUUACUUCGAGUUUUGAUUGGUUCAAUGUAUUGUCUGUGUCCUAUGUGAUUGGCCAGAGUAAUUACUUUGGUUUGGUUUUACGACACUCAAACGAAAACCACUCUAAUAGGCUCUCUGCAUGACUUAAUCACGUGAUCAACUUUCAAUAAACAUGAAAACAGCUCAUUUUUGAAAGUUUUGUUAGGACAAGCUGGAAAAGCAUAUUAAAAUUAAGAAACCUGAGAAUUUUCAUCCGUGUAUCUCAAAAUUAAAUUAAAGUAGCGAUUGUAACGGCCGCCGAAAGUUAGAAGCAUUUGUAUGAGAAAAACAUCUUUUGCCACCCAGUCAAGCUUGCAUGGUUUUCCAUACGUACAAAUCCUUGUAAAUUCUAAAUUUUUUAAACUGUCGUUAAAUCUUUCCCUUACCUAUUUAAGGGCUCAAAUUGCCUGUUAUGAAUUAAAAGGAGAUUUGAGCCUUGUAAUGCUUAAGGAAAUAUUUGAUGAAAGUCAGUUUUGAAAAUUUCGAAAUUACAAGGACUGGUAUGGAAAACCACGCAAGCGUGACUGGAUGGCAAAAGUUGUUUUUGUCAUACAAAUGCUUCCAACUUUCGGCGGCCGUUACAAUCGCUACUUUUGAGAUAUAUGGCUGAAAAUUCUCAGGUUACCUAAUUUUAAUAUGUCUUUCAGUUUAUGCUAACUGAAUUUUUCAAAAAGUGAACUAUUUUCGUGCUAACCGCAAGUUGAUCACCUGAUCAAGUCAUGCAAAGAGCCUAUUCAGUAUAAUCAGCUAGCGUUGUUAACCAAAUUUGGAAGAUGCGAGCAAAAUGUGAUCGAUACGAUAAAAUAACAUCUGUCUGUAUCCUGAAACCGUGUCGAGAAAUAGGCAAAUGUUUUGAAAAAAUAAAGUCUACGAGGAGGAAAAAAAUGAUAAAAGAAUUGGGAUAUUUUGAAUAAAUUAUAAAAUAAUUAUUGAAUUAGGCUUUCAUGUGAUUACUGAGGAAUUACGAAGCGGAUCCUGGACGCUGACAUCGGACUCCGCCCUCGGUGGAUAACUUCCUCCUUCUCCCCAGGUUAAAAUUAACCAUAACAGCUGUUUUACCAAAUACGGCAGUAACAUGGCAUAUAGAGCGUUAAACGUCAAGACAAGAAACCUUAAUUCCGCAAAAGUUAGAGAUUCAGGGCCAGUUAUUUAAAAGUAGGUUAGCCCGUGUUUAACAAAACCGCGUCUUAAGCCAACGCUUUUUGAAACACCAUUUAGCAUGAGCAAUUUCAAUAAAGCAUAUAGCGUAGACUGAAAAAGCACUUGAAAAGAGAAAGGAAAAGGAAAUAGGAUAAAUGAAUAAAUGGACUGAAUUAACUUCCAUAAAAUUAAAAUAAUAAUAAUAACAAAUAAUAAUGAUAAUAAUAAUAAAAUAAAAUAAAAUGACAAAACUUGUACGUUCAGCCUUGCUGCUAUCUUGUAGUAUUUCUUUUAUUGUGGUUGUCUUUGACAAAUAGUUUUGUAUGUUAGUUUUUUCCUAUUAACUCUGAUUAAUAAUAAACAGUAUAUCAGAUUGCAUUUAUUUCCCAUUCAUAAUUCUUUUCCUCUCCCUCUGUUUGUCUUCUCUCUGCCUUUUUUUCAGAUGCUGGUAAGUGAUAAGUUCAUUACUGGGAUUUGUUAGUAUGAUUUUAACCCUUUGACUAUGGAACUAAUGUGCAUGCGCAAUAAGCAAAACGUAAAGCUUAAUACAUCCAGUUCACCAAGGAAAAUGCACAAACUGUUAACUAUAUUCAGGCCACUCUGGUUGCUCUUUUUUUUUUUGCUUAAUUAACCUACUGCGACCGGGGGAGCGGGGCUUGUGGAGCCACCCUCCUCUAUAACUUCAAAACUUCUGUAAACAAAAACCGAGCAGCUUGUUUUUAAUUUUGAGCAGACGCCUACAGUUACCAUAUUUGCAGACCAUGGUAUAAUGGCUCAUAAGCCAUGAUGGCUAAGCCAAUCGGAGCUCUAGAAUUGCAGUAUUCAGUGAUUCAGUUCUUAAUAAUUACCAUUAUCACAGAGCGUAGGCUUUAAAGGAUUUAUUACCUGUCCCUUUCCUGCUGUUUUAUGAAUUACCUCUCAAAAACCUCGCGUCGUGUGUUAAAUUUUGAGCAGGUUUCGUGGAUGUUCACAUCUGCUCAUCGGCGAACGACGACGCAUCAAGUGAAAGAUGUUUAGCAGGACAGGCCUCAAUCGUCGUAGAUGGAGUCGAAAUGGGGGUCACUGUAAGUAUCAUGCAUUCAUAACCAGUUAAUUAAAAAAGAGGAGCUAGCCAAGAAACGCUCCAACUUACACAAAAUCAUUUGGAAAAACCAAAAUGUAAAGUAAAAAUUAUUGUAAAAACGUCGCAUGUCAAGUUUCAUUUUGAAAAGUUACCCGUCAUUCUCAUAACGAAGACCGGGCCAGACGUUUACAGCUUCGCGAUUUUGUACUUUGCAAAGAACAAAAAUAGGCCCUUUGCACUAAGAGGUCAUGUGACAUCGUUUUUAUGAAAAUGAAAGUUACAUGAUUUUUCCUUCGAAAAACGAUUAGUGGCUCAUAUCUUAAACAAAAUAAUAGUGAUUUGGUUUUCUAAACCCGCACCAUGUUCUUAAAAUGAGUAAGUUCGUAAGUUCUAUGAAGUCGAGCGUAGUUUAUGCGGCUAUUUAGGUUAUGCACGUUUGUAAAAUUUGAGACAAUAAUCUGACUUACUAUCAGGUUUAAUAUAAGUUUACAGAAAGCUUUAAGACAUUUUCUGACCGCAAGGCAUUAUGGAAUUCUCUUCAUGAAAAUGUUUUAUAAUGUGGUCAUUUCUAUAGUUUGCUGUGCAAAGAGAGCGCGUGCUUCGAUUGUCCUGAAUAUUGAAUAAGUGGGAAUUUGUCUUGAAAAAUUGUGAAAAACUGCAGCUCUGUCAGAGGUCUGUAUGAUUAAAAAAAAAAAAAAAACAGCGCCUUAUAGUGCUGUUUACCUCAGGUGUGAUGUAUUAAAAGUAUAAAAGGCUGGUUUACACGCCACCAGAUUUGUUGGCAAGAUUUUUUAAAGUGAACUUGUCGAACACAAAAAAUUCGGCCUUAUUUUUUAUUUUCGCCUCUUUUAGACAAAGGAAAGCAACCUAUAAAUUACAACGCGUAAAUUGGCUGCCACCUAGGUCUAUCGUGUUUUAUAUGCGGCCUUUAUAGCAUAAUGAAUUAAAUUUCGGUGCUGUUCAUCAACCUUAUAAAAUGAAGUUGGUGUAGGUGGGCGACUCUGGGUAAAUCUAUAUAUCUAUAUAUAUAGAUAUAUAUGCUCUGCAGUUCUGCAUUUUAUGUUGAUCGAGAAAUGCUGAACGGAUGACUUCUCGUGUGAUAAUUUUUUUAUUUUAUUUUUUUCAGCAAAGAGGAUACAAUGUUGUGGUUCUCGACAGGGAAGGAAACUUCACUGAUUUUAGAGCAUUUGAUUUUCAUGCUUACCCAAAUGCUGAUGACUAUUUGAGUGAUUUUUUAGCCGAAAUUCCAGACAACGCUAUCGUGUUGAUCGCCGUAAUGGAUGAAGCUUGGUGGAGUGGUAACGCACCUGAAAGUGACAAACAGGCAGCUGACCAACAACUGAGAAGCUUAGGAGCCAAAAACCCCAGACCAUCUGAAUAUCGUGCAUCAUGGGCCCUGGUUGGAUAUAAGGGAUCACACGAGGGAGUGGAUUGGGUAAGAUUCGCAGAGGCGCCAAGAAUGCAGGGGCCGACAGAGAUAGGUGUAAAGAUUCCCACACCGUUACAUACCUAUGGUUGCGCCUAA